GAAGAAAGUUUGCCGCAAUGUUGAGAUCGGUCACCGCGAUGCAAACAAAAAGUGGCACGAAGCGGAGGCCGCUUUGUCGACUGCCCUGCGAUCCAAGCAGGAAACGGAGGCAGAGGACGCUGAGAUGACUGCGUAUGUGCAAAAUGUGGAGAAGGGCAUUGGCAUAGAUGCUUCUGCACUUCUGUCCCCCACUGCCAGCAUGUCUUGCUUGGAUUCGCAGGAGCGAUCUGGCCACAUCCCAGUGAAGGGGUCAGCGGCAUUCUUGGAACGAGCCCGGCUCAUGCGAUUCCGGGCCAGUGAAGCUGGCAAGAAAUUGAAAGAUCACGCGAAGCGACGAUUGCGAAUCAAAAUCACCGACAUCUUCAAAGAGGUGAAGAGGAGACAAUCCUUAAGGUACCAUCAGGACAAAGUCCGGAAGUUUCGUGAGAAGUUACACGAACUGGGCCGUGGUCCAAACGCCUCGACUGGUGAUGCCGACGAUUUCUCUCUUGGACUUGGCGUUAUCUCCGAUAGCUUUGAAGAUGAUGCAACCCCACGGCGCAGAUGCAUCCUGGAAUCCCUCUCACUGGAGGAGCUGGAGAUGUUGCGAGCCGACCCGCGAUGGUACAUUGAGGCUUCUCUUCAGCCGGAUGGUCAGGAUGAGAAUUUCCACGGCAACAGGGAGAGGCUCAUCGACUUCUUUACGCCUGCCCGAAAGGAUCGUCACGUGUCCAUCGAAUGCUAUUCCCAGCGCCUCUGGGCUCGACUUGCAGCUGCUUCUGAAGCCAUGCAGGACAGCCAGGACAGUGCGCAGACGGAUGUGCGCAUCCGGUCGCUGUUUGGUCGUGGUUCAGGCAUGGGUUCGCGAGUUGCAUCACAAGGACUGAGCACGCAACCGAGCGCGAUGCAGUCCAUUUCUGACAGGGGACCCGAUUCGCAGAUGUUUUCAUCACUUUCAGCUGGCUCCCUGCCCAGACGAGAACCCAUCAGAGCUGACCAAGUUUCUCCAACCAUGGAGAAGGUCUGGGACAAGUAUCGUCGAAAGGAAGCACGGGACGCCCAGAUGCUUGAAGAUCGGCGGCUUGCAGCUGAAGAGCGCAUGGCCAGAAAUGCUUUCAAGGUGAGCCAACAGCUCCGGGAAUACGAAUCAUCACAGUCCAAGUACAAGGAGCUGCACAAGCUUCGCAUGUCUGAUGCAUUGGAGCGCAAGGCUGCGAGGGAUGCAGAGGUUCAGGAGAGGUUGGCAGUCAUGGACGAGUUCAAGCUGCGCAAGAUCAGGCACGCUCUGGACGUGGCGGAUGAGCAGCUGGAGCGCAAGAGGGACAAAGUCUCUGAAGGGUUGGAGGUUUGGCAGACAGCGGUUCGGCGCGCGCGGCGCCACCAGCACAUGCAGGAGCGCAAGGCCCUGGCACAGCUGCAAGCAAGUCAGGAAGCCUAUGCUGCCAGGCUUGCCAAGGUUGGUGAGACCCGGGGCGAGAAGACGGAGUCCCAAGCUCAGAAGAAUGAUAAGCUCAAAGCAAGGAUCCAAGUUUCGCUGAUGCAGCAGCUGGAAGAGCAGAGAAAGUUGGACUGUGACCGAAUUUUGAUUGCUUCGGAGCAGAAGGUGGAAGCAGCCAGAUACCGGCGAUAUCACCAUGCAAACAAAUACAACUUCCUCGAGCGCGCGUUCGGGGAGCAGGUGAAGUUUGACCACAAGUACUCGUACACACCUUCUCGGAAGGGCCGGCAGCAGAUGUCGCAGAGUACUGAUGGCCUUUGA